CCCUCUUGUGCCCCUGUGAGCUCCUUGGUCUCUUGGGUGGAGGAUAUGUGUCUGGCUUUGCUGUAGGGUGGUGUUGGUCCUGGAGGGGGGCAGAGGAGGAGGGCAGCCUGCCAGGAUUUACAGUAGUCAGGAAAGCAGCAGGAGCGAAGCUCUCAAACUGUACAAGCUAAUUGGAAAGCAUCCAUUAGAAAAAAGAAAAGGGAAAUAUAAAAGGGGAGAAAAUGUUGAGCAAGCUUUUAAAAAACAUCCUGGACUCCAACACAACAACUUGCAUCCUCCAAAACAGGUGAUUUAAAUAUGUUUUUCCUUCAGUCCCCAUCAGGAGGGGGAAGGAGGUGAGAAGGGCCGAGGCAGUGGGGGUUAAGAAGGUCUGACGUGCAAGUGUCCUCCCUGCAACACUGCCAUACUGUGCCUGAGCAGCACAGUGGCUCUUGCAAAGGAAGCUUUUCACAACUUGUCCUUGUUCCAAGGAUGAGGAAACCUCCAGCUCUUCUGGCAUUUUCUCUCUGUCAUAAGUCAGAGCUGCUUUCACCUGUGAAGUAUGAUCAGCACAGACAGGGAGAGGGCUGGAAUGGAGCGGGGCUCUGAGCAACCUUAAAAGGCUUUUCAUGGAGUUCUUGGUGUUAAAUGAAGAACAUUUCCCCUCCUCCUCUCCUCGUUUUCCUGUGUGCCUGCAAAAAUACUCUGGUUUGCAUUUAAAGGAGAAAACUGUAUGUGCUGGGACUAAGCCAACUUGUUUAUUUAAGGGAAAUACCGUAUUUCCAACCCCUUCUCUCACAGAGGAAGGCUCAGCAGAGGAUGGCAGACUGGGCUGGGGAUUGUAUUUUUAGGUGUCAUCGAAGCACAGUUGUGAUUCGAAGAAGCUAAAAAUCAUGGCUGGCAUUUUACAUCGAGCCCUGUGAGUUCCUCCUCCCCACAGCCCCCACAGGGGUUAACCUCACCCUCCAAAGCAGGUGGAUUUUCACCUAAAUCAAAGAGCAAAAAAGGAGAAAAAAAGAAACAAAAACCAUCAGAAAGAACAACAAACCCAUCCCCAUCACCCCCCAGGCUUCUGCAUUUCCAUGCUUUCGCCUUUGCCUGCCCCAGGGGGGUGUUGGUGGCGGGGCUGGGGCAGGGACACGGGCCCUGUGUCCCUGUCAAAAGAUGGCAGGUCCUGUGUCCGUAAACAAUGCGGUUAUGAAAUGGCAGCGCGGCCGCGCUGAGCAUGCUCGGGAGCUGCCUGUAGGGGGAGGCGAGCCAGAAAGAUGAUCUAAUUCCGUGCAAUUCUUGGGAUUGAAGGAAAAGACCAGGCUCCACUCUUAAUGACAGAGCAGAAAAACCAGGCCCCACGCCGGGGACGAAGCCCGUAGGCCAUGGAGGAGAGGGUGUGAGGAUCUCCCACCUCCAGGACUUCGGGUGCUGGGCAGCGCUGUGUCGCUUUCUCGCCCUCCAGCAGAGUAAGGCCUUGCGAGCAGUGCUGAGUAAAGGAGAGCCAAGGAAAGACGGCUGCAUGAAGACUGAGCUGCUGAAAGACAUCACCAACAACAAAGAGGAAGGGUUUAAUGCCAUGGCUGCAGAUGAAAGCGCUACAGAAAAGCAAGUGGGGGAACCAAAAAUGGCAGUAGAUGGUGAAACCAAUGGUUCCUGUGAGCACAGCGAGGGUGGGGCCCACCCAAACCCAGCGAAAAACACUCAGGACAACACAAAAGUGAGCCAGCAGGACUCUACUACUAAAUUAAAUAGGAUAGCAGAAAAUGGCAUUUCGGACAGCGAGCCUGGGAAGCAAAACCAUCUGAAAGCAAAUGACUUCACACAGACUUCUGUCACAGGGAGCAAUGGAUAUAUCCUAACCAAGCAGAUGGCACAGGAGCAGCCUCUAAGGACUACCAGCUUUGCUUCUCUCACUGGCCAUGCUGCAAAAACCCUGCCAGGAGGAGCAGGCAAAGGCAGGACUGUGGGGUCCUUUGCCCAGCUCCAAGCCACCAUGCCAAGCAAGCUCGGGGAGGGCAGUAAGGACACGGAUGCUAAAAAAGCCCCUGCUGCUAACGCUGAAGUCAAGGUCCACCGAGCACGGAAGACAAUGCCUAAGCCCACCCCCAGCCUGGAGUUGCUUCCUGAAUUGGGAUCGAAGCUGAAUCUGAAACAGCAUGUAAGUAAAGACCCCAAAGAUGGGAGAGACAGCAGAGAUCAGAAGGAAUCCAAGGAGAAGGAGUUUGAGAACAUGCUGGACUUUGUGAAGCCGUUGUCGUUGCCCUCUCUCCCGGGCCUUCACCAGUCACUACCUCAGAACCAGAGCUAUGUGGCCACCACCAAGUCGCAGACAGCUGCUGCAGUAUCUCGGAAGAAAAAACGGAGAAUGGGAACCUAUAGCCUGGUUCCCAAGAAAAAGACCAAAGUGUUAAAACAGAGAACAAUGAUAGAGAUGUUUAAGAGCAUAACUCAUUCCUCUGUGGGUGCCAAGAGUGACAAGGACCUGGGGGAUGGCAGCCCCCAUGUGAACGGGGAAAGCAUAGAUGUGGACUCUGAGGAGGAGGACUCGGAUGAGUUGGAAGAGGAAGAUGAUCAUGGAGCAGAUCAGGCAGCCAUGUUCCCUGUGGAUGACAACAGGACCUCCAAGGACAGCGCGUCGGACGCAGACAACGCCAGGAAGAUCGAUGAUGGCGAGUCUGAGGAAGAGCAAGAGUCAGUAGAAUCAGGGGAGGAGGAGGAGGAUGGAGACGAGUCUGACUUGAGCUCCGAGUCCAGUGUGAAGAAGAAGCUGCUGAAGAGGAAAGGGAAGACGGACAGUCCAUGGCUGAAACCCACCCGCAAGAGGAGGCGGAGGAAUAAAAAGAAACAAGGCGGUGUGCUAGGUGCUGAAGCCUACAAACCCUCGCUGGGCAGCAGGGAGGGCCCCAGCCAGGAGAACAGCAUGGAGUACAUGGAGGUGUCCCUGGAUUCCCUGGACCUCCGCGUGAAGGGGAUCCUCUCCUCGCCAGCGGGAGGUCUCUCCAAUGGCCCUGAAGCAAUGGAAGUGGAUGGUCUGCAGGAAGUGCCCCUGUGUAGCUGUCGAAUGGAAACCCCCAAAAGCAGAGAGAUCACCACGUUAGCCAACAACCAGUGCAUGGCCACGGAGAGCGUGGAUAACGAGCUGGGCCGAUGCACAAACAGUGUGGUUAAGUAUGAACUGAUGCGCCCGUCUAACAAAGUCCAGCUUUUGGUGCUGUGUGAGGACCAUAGAGGGAGGAUGGUGAAACACCAGUGUUGCCCUGGCUGUGGAUACUUUUGCACUGCAGGCACUUUCAUGGAGUGUCAGCCCGAGAGCAGCAUCUCCCACCGCUUCCACAAGAGCUGUGCCUCGCAGGUGAACGACACCAGCUACUGCCCUCACUGCGGGGAGGAGGCCUCCAAGGCCAAGGAGGUGACAAUAGCCAAGGCUGACACCACCUCCACGGUGUCCCUGAGCUACGAGCAGCAGAAACCCGCCGCUGUGGAGGGCAGGGCCGACACCACCACGGGGAGUGGCACUGGGACGAGGUUGUCAGAGGAAGACAAGCCAGAAAGUUCAGCUGCUGAAGGGUUUGACAUCCCUGGGUCUUCAGUUUUUCCAAAGCCUACUACUAGCUUGACCCAGGGACCAGUGAAAGAAACCCUGGAAAGUGCCCUGAUUGCCCUGGACUCUGAGAAGCCCAAGAAGCUGCGGUUCCACCCGAAGCAGCUGUACUUCUCUGCCAGGCAAGGGGAGCUGCAGAAGGUGCUGCUGAUGUUGGUGGAUGGAAUUGACCCUAAUUUUAAAAUGGAGCAUCAGAGUAAGAGAACCCCUCUCCAUGCUGCUGCCGAGUCUGGCCACGUGGACAUCUGCCACAUGCUCAUUCAGGCUGGUGCUAACAUUGACACCUGCUCUGAGGACCAGAGGACCCCGCUGAUGGAAGCAGCAGAAAACAACCACCUGGAAACUGUGAAAUACCUGAUCAAGGCUGGAGCACUAGUAGAUCCCAAGGAUGCUGAGGGCUCCACGUGUCUGCACUUGGCAGCCAAGAAGGGGCACUACGACGUGGUGCAGUACCUGCUCUCCAACGGGAAGAUGGAUGUCAACUGCCAGGACGACGGUGGCUGGACGCCGAUGAUCUGGGCCACGGAGUACAAACACAUCGAGCUGGUGAAGCUGCUGCUGGCCAAGGGCUCGGACAUCAACAUCCGUGACAACGAGGAAAACAUUUGUUUGCACUGGGCUGCUUUUUCUGGCUGUGUUGAUAUAGCUGAGAUCCUGCUGGCAGCAAAGUGUGACCUGCACGCCGUGAACAUCCACGGGGACUCGCCCCUGCACAUCGCGGCACGAGAGAACCGCUACGAGUGUGUGGUUCUCUUUCUUUCCCGUGGCUCGGAUGUCACUUUAAAGAACAAAGAGGGUGAGACCCCGCUCCAGUGCUCCAGCCUUAACUCUCAGGUCUGGGUGGCCCUACAGAUGAACAAGACUCUCAAAGAAUCUUCUUCUGAGAAGCCUGCCCAGAUAGAGAAGGUGGUGAGCAGAGACAUUGCCCGGGGCUACGAGAGGAUCCCCAUUCCCUGUGUCAAUUCCGUGGACAGUGAGCCCUGUCCCAGCAAUUACAAAUACGUGUCACAGAACUGUGUCACCUCCCCGAUGGACAUUGACAGGAACAUCACUCAUUUACAGUAUUGUGUCUGUAUAGACGACUGCUCCUCCAGUAACUGCAUGUGUGGCCAGCUCAGCAUGCGCUGCUGGUACGACAAGGAUGGCCGACUCCUGCCUGAGUUCAACAUGGCUGAGCCCCCCCUCAUCUUCGAGUGCAACCACGCGUGCUCGUGCUGGAGAACCUGCAGGAACCGCGUGGUGCAGAACGGCCUCAGGACUCGGUUGCAGCUUUACAGGACACAAAAGAUGGGCUGGGGAGUGCGGACGAUGCAGGACAUUCCUCUGGGAACCUUUGUCUGCGAGUACGUUGGGGAGCUGAUCUCCGACUCCGAGGCCGAUGUCCGGGAGGAGGACUCCUACCUCUUCGACCUGGACAACAAGGAUGGAGAGGUUUACUGCAUCGAUGCGCGCUUCUACGGCAACAUCAGCCGCUUCAUCAACCACCUGUGCGAGCCCAACCUCAUCCCCGUGCGCGUCUUCAUGUCCCACCAGGACCUGCGCUUCCCCCGCAUCGCCUUCUUCAGCACCAGGCACAUAGAGGCUGGAGAGGAGAUCGGCUUCGACUACGGGGACAGGUUCUGGGACAUCAAAGGCAAAUUCUUCAGCUGUCAGUGCGGUUCACCCAAGUGCAAACACUCGAGCUCGGCGCUGGCCCAGCGGCAGGCGAGCACCUCUGCCCAGGACACGCAGGAGAACGGGCUCCCCGACACCAGCUCGGCCGCCGCCGCCGGCCCCUUCUGACACCGACCCCUCCCACCCCCGAGACACACCUGCUGUCGGAAUUUCCACUUCAAGAGCGAGAAGAGAGA